UGCUUGUAGAAUACUACAAGUUGGAUGACAACCAAAGAAGUCUUGUGAAUCACUAGACAAAACGUAUAAUCUCGUCACACGUCACAAAAGCGGCUUCGGUGAAACCCACGACACGUACCGAAUUACCGGAAAAAUCGCGGGAAGUAAUUGUGUCGAAAUUUCUUAAAUAAGCCUCAUUCCGUUACGAUAGUUUAACAAGUGCUUUUUAGAAGUGCGGACCUAAGUGCUUUUUGUAUCCAAAAUGAAUCCCUACCAGCAAGGCCAAUCGGGAUAUCCUCAGCAGCAGUAUAUGCAUAAUAUAGGAUUUAACAAUGCCGCUCCGCAGUCGUUCGGCAAUCCUAUGCCUAUGCCUGGCAUGCCAACCAUGGGGUACCCGGCACCACCUUCAGGGUACCCUCAGUCUAACACUGGAUAUCCCCAGUCCACAGGGCAACCCGGUUACCCACAGUCUAAUGCUCAAUAUCCAACAUCUGCUCAAACUGGGUACCCACAACCAGGAGGUUAUCCUACUGCCAAUCAGGGAUACCCAGGUGCUACCCAUGGCCACCAAAAUGCCAAUCAGGGGUAUCCCAGUGCCACUCAAGGGUACCCAAGUGCCCAAGUGUACCCUAGUGCUUACCAAGGCUACACGCCAGCUGCCCAAAAACCCCAAGUGCAACAGGGGUACGCUCAAAGUCACUCUCAGCCACAUAGUCAACAUGCUUAUGGUCAAUCAAGCUCAGUACCAACACCAAAGUCAAAACCCACGGUGGUCCCCGUAAACCCCUUCGACCCCCGCGAGGACGCGGCCGUGCUUCGCAAGGCGAUGAAGGGCUUCGGAACGGACGAGAAGGCCAUCAUCCAGGUGCUCACGCGCCGCAGCAACGAACAGCGGCUGCGCAUUGCGUUUGAGUUCAAGACGCUGUACGGAAAGGACCUAAUCUCAGACCUGAAGAGCGAAACCAGCGGCAAGUUCGAAGACAUCCUAGUGGCCUUGAUGACUCCACUGCCUCAGUUCUACGCCAAAGAGCUCCAUGACGCCGUGGCCGGCAUCGGCACGGAUGAGGACGUGCUCAUCGAGGUCAUGUGCACCAUGUCCAACCAUGAGAUCCAGGUCAUCAAGCAGGCUUAUAAUGCCAUGUACGGAACUCUAUUGGAAGACGACCUCCGCGGAGACACGUCUGGAAACUUCAAGAGGCUAAUGACCUCGCUGAGCAUGGGCAACAGGUCUGAGGAGUUCCACGUAAACCAAGAUAGAGCGAGAGAGGAUGCCAGGAGCUUGCUACAAGCCGGCGAGCUGCGACUCGGCACGGACGAGUCGGUGUUCAACGCCGUCCUGUGUUCGCGCUCGUUCUCGCAGCUGGCCGCCAUCUUCCAAGAGUACCAGUUCCUCACCGGCCACGACAUCGACGACGCCAUCAAGGCUGAGUUCUCGGGCGAUAUGGAGAAAGCUCUUCGCGCUAUCGUGAAAGUGGUCCGCAACAAGCCGCUGUUCUUCGCCGAGCGGCUGCACAAGUCGAUGAAGGGCAUGGGCACCAACGACCGCCAGCUCAUCCGCAUCAUGGUGACGCGCUGCGAGGUCGACCUGGGGGACAUCUCCGACAUGUUCCAGGCCAAGUACGGCGAGACGCUGCAGAGCUGGAUCGAGGGUGAUUGCUCUGGGCACUACAAGAAAACUCUCCUGGGCCUGCUCGGCUUGUAUUAAUCUCAAACAAACCUACUUAUUAAGCAUCAUUUUUUUAAAUAAAAACAUCUGUAUGUUGUACCUUUGUACUUCUAGCGUCUACGGAAGCCUUAUUGAUUUAAUAAUCUUCAAAAAUUUGCUGUAUUACUAGAAUCUCAAUGAUAAGUACAUCUUCGAAUGAUUUUCUAUUGCGUACUUUAAAUUAAAUUUCAUCUUAAUUUUCGUACGUAAUAUUAUAUUAUAUAUUUAUAUCUGUAUGGUAAUCUUUUCUGCUUUUGCAGGGCAUUAAAGAAUAAUUAUAUUUGUUGUUUUUAUAAAUAUUUAUACAAAUUAAAAUUUUGCAAAACUUAGUUUGUCGCUAUAAUUUUAUUACAUAUAUAGCUAUUUUAUAGAAUAUUAAAGUAAACGUGAUUUUACUAUUAAUUUUAAACAUUUUUGAAUUAUUUAUCGCUGUCUUUUGACAUAAAAGAAACUUUAUCGCGUUGCCUCAAUUUAUGUGCCUUCGUAUUACCUAUAUGUAUAUACAAUAGCGACAAAAAAUCCAUCAUAUUGCUAUUUUUAUGAAAGCAUUCAUUCGAUAAUUAAGAAAUUAGACUUCUAUAUCAUAUAAAGAAUGAUCAUCAUCGCGACCUUAAAUGUAUACACCUACGUCCCACUGCACGUGGCAACAGGCAAUGCGGAUUGGGGACUUACACACACCAAUGAAUGUACCUGUGUUAUAAAUAUUGAAUUUCUUAUUUGAAAACACUCAAAAGCGAAUCUUACCAACAAUAAAACUUAGAUGUAUCGAUGUUUCGCCUUCGUUUACCUCUGGUUUGAAAAUUAAAUCGAAUUAUUACCUUUUAUUAUAAUUGAAUACUCAAUUUACGGGCUACCGCGAAAACUCGGGCAAACUAAUGAUUUAAAAAUGUACCCUAGGUUGUACGAAUAGUCGUUUUCAUACGUUUCAAUAUAGGGAAUAUUGUAAAUUUCACCGAAAUCGCUACAGCCGGUUUUGAGAAGUUACAAAAAAAAAUGCAAAUGCAUGUGAAAAAUAUGAUGAAUUAUUUGCCACUACUGUAUGAUAUUUCGAAGUGUUAUAUAUAUUUACAACUUUUACUCGAACUAUGACUGGUUAUAUGUAACUGCUCCGUCGAGUAUAAAAAUAGGCUCAUGAGUAUGACUCCGUUUACAAUUAAAGCUCAAGCAGGACACAUAAAUACAAUAAUAAAAACAAUACAUAAAUAAAAUAAUGAGCUGAAAACGAGUAUAUAUUGAAUUCUAUGCAAAAUGUUAUUUUGAAAGACUACUAAUAUCUUUUCUUUCAUUAAUUAUUAUUUAAAAUCGUACAUAUUUCUUAUAAACCUAUUUUAUAAAAGUACAUCAUAAACAAAAAGUACUAGGGUGAAAAUAUAUCCCUUAAGGGAUCUCUUCCAGCGAACCUUAAAGAGAAUGAGGAAUACAUAUACAUAUUGAAUAAGCUAUAGCUUAGGUAGGUACUAUUACCGUUAUAGGGAGCGUGCAUGAACUGUAGGAGGCAGCACGGGAGCUGUCAGAUUUUUGGCGCGAGGCGUAAAUGUGAUAUUUAUUGUUCCGAUGUAGCCCAAAAGAUGGCAGAAUCUACUAUGCACAAGAAAACACGUGACGUGUAAAUGUACAUGUUUAUGGUUCCAAUUCAGGCCACAAGAUGGCAGACCCUUCAACGCGCACGGUACCUAUUGCCAAACUGUUCAACAAAACAUCUGUCAUUAUAUUUCAUUAAUAUUGGUAAUGAUAAUGAACCUCUCAGUUUAUAUCAUUAGUUGUUUUUAACCUUGUAAAAUUAUACAUUGUAUUUUGAUAAGCUUCAUUCUUUUAAUUAAAUAUUUUUUUCUGAUUUGCCUUGCUUAAAUUGAAUAUUGAAACAUUAAACAUAAUCUCACAAAUAUAAAAUCAAGAUUCGAAUAAAUAUUUGCCACAGAUUUCUUCUUAACAAACAAAUUAAAAAAUAAAAAUUUAUUGUUAACAAACACCAGUUCCUGUCAAUUGUCGUGUCAAUCGUAAAUUCUUAUUAAUUGAUGUUAUUCCUUUCAUAUUGUCAAGCAUUUAUACCAUAGAUAUCCUGAAUACAAGCGAUGUGCGAUUGAUUACAAAUUAAACCGUUUCGCCACUAACGAUUAAGAUUAUUUGUGUUUGACUACAUUAGGCAUAUUUGGCUAUGGACAUACACGAUGGAUUGAUUGUAAAUGUACUACUACAACAUACAAUCAGUUAUGAUCAUGAUCAUGUAUGUCGAAUAUACUUUACGUUAAAAACACAAAUCUCUUGUAUUCAGAUAUCGUACUCUUCUACAGCCCACCUCCAUGCUAAGGGCCGGUACUGACGGCAACCCGACUGCAGUUCCCAUACAAAUUGCAGUCGGGUUGUAGUCCGUCUGUAUCGGCCUUAAGAGCACGCCUUUAGACAUAAGUACAAGUAAUUUUAUACUAUAUACUGCUUCAAUGUGACUGGCUUAAAAAUAAAAUAGUACAUGUGGCCAACAUUUCUCAAAUAUUAUUGCUAUAAAAUGUUUAAGUAUACACUUAAAUUGGUCAUGUGCCUAUUUAAUAAAUGGUCUAAUGAGAACAUUA